GUUUCGGGAUUUGCUUACGACUCAAUUCGGGGUAUGCACGAGAGCCGAAGUAGAUCCGUCUUGCGGCCGGCGCAAGAUGAGGCGACAAGGGCCGAAAAAAAAAUGAAGUGUGGAAAAAAUUUGAAGACGGCGGGACACCCUACCCAAGACCGUUAGACUAUUAUGGCACACAAUAAUGCGGUCUUGCUUUCUUUUUUUUAUUUUUUUCUUUAUUGUAUUUUUUUUUUCUUUUUCCUUUUCUUCUUUUUUGUACAUUCCUUUUCUUCUUGCCCCCAUUGUAGACAAGAAAUUUGACAAUAUUAUGGUCUUCAUAGGAUUCGUUCGUGUCGAGCUGACCCUGGAACCUGUAUGCAAACUUGAAGUGGCGAUCGUCACUGUGGCUCAAAGGUCCUAUACACUCUCUUGUUCGUUCAUAAUCUCUCUAUCAGUCAUGCAGAUAGCCACCCAUGGGUGGGACAGACACCUUAGUUGUAAAGGAUUUCGAUGAUUGACAGGGCCAUCUGUCGAAUUCGUCACCAAGACAAGGGUUUCUCCAGUCGAAUCUU